AUGGCUAUCCAAAUCGUCUCUGACUUGCACCUAGAGGCCCCGAAAGCCUACGACAUCUUCGAAAUUACACCCCGAGCACCUUACUUAGGGCUCCUCGGCGAUAUAGGCAAUAUUGCAACUCACAAAGAUAAUUGUCUUAGCUUCCUGGCGCAGCAGCUCCGUCAGUUUCGCGCUGUACUAUUUGUGCCUGGAAACCAUGAGGCCUACCACUCCAGCUGGUCUGAAACACUUGAGAUACUUCGCGAUUUCGAAGAAAGAACAAAAGGCGAUGCCUCUUUGGGAGAAUUUGUCCUACUCGACCGCUCGAGCUUCAGGGUUCCAGACUCCAAGGUCGUCAUCUUAGGCUGCAGCUUAUUCUCCUUCAUCCCGCCACAAAGUGCAGGUUCGGUCAGCAUGGGACUCAACGAUUUUUUCCAGAUAAACGACUGGGAUGUUGGCAUGCAUAACGAGGCACACACUCGAGACCUUGCAUGGCUCAAUGCUCAGGUUACAGAACUCGGCCAUUCUGAUGCCGAUAUCAUCAUUUUUUCGCACUGGAGCCCUUCAAGAGACGGCCGCGCUAUUGACCCAAGGCAUGCGCAAAGCCUAAUUACCAGUGGCUUUGCGACAGAUUUGUCCGGGGAAGUAUGCUACAACAGCAGCAACGUCAAGAUAUGGGCAUUUGGUCACACGCACUACAAUUGCGACUUCGAAGUGGAGCGAGAAGGUCACGCCGAGCCUUUGAGACUAGUUGCAAACCAACGAGGUUACUACUUCGCACAAGCCACAGGGUAUAAUAGGGACAAAGUCAUUAAAUUAUAA